AUGAUUUCAAGAAUAAGCAGGAGCGCCAUACUAAAAGCUUCCAGGUGCCCUCUCUCCCGCUUCAAUUCCACCACCACUACCACCAAUGCUGCUGCUCCCGCCUCGAUAUCAUCACAAGCAGAGCCACCAGCAAGCAAAUUAGACAAGGCAGACUUGCAACACAACGAAUUUGCCAAACAGGCCCCCAACCGCGACGUGACAUGGUCGAGCUCGCAAGAAUCGAGAGUUGAGGUAAUAUCGAAGUUCCCCUUCCGAUUCACCCAGAGAAACUUGGAACAACAGCCUAGACCCUGGGCCGCUAUAGACUUGAUCGCUAAGGAGCCAGUGAGAUACUUGAGCCAUGAAGAAGGAAACAUUGCCGUGUGCGAUGGCAACAAGGGGUCAACUUUACAGGGCCACCCCAAGGUCUUUAUCAACUUGGACCAGCCCAAGGCUGCCACGUGUGGAUACUGCGGAUUGAGGUAUGCCAAGGAGGAGUUCAAAGAGUUGAUUGAGGCCGGUGAGGCUGCUGCUUAG